CAGGCGGUGCAGCGCGAGUUGGAGAGAGGAGACGCCCACUACAGUCAGGGAGGCGAGGACCAGCCGGCGUCUUUGGCGUGCCCUCAGAAGUCUGCCUCCAGUUGCCCUGAGUCGUUGUGGAGGAUGGAGCGAUCCACCCAGGAGCUGUUCCUCAACUUCACCGUGGUUCUGAUUACCGUGCUCCUUAUGUGGCUCCUUGUGAGGUCCUAUCAGUACUGAGAAGCCAUGCCGAGCUCCUGGGAUUGACUCCAAGGCUCCGGAGCUGCCUGCUGGGAUGGCCUGAGACCCUCUGCCUCUCCUGGGGUGCCUUCCAGUACACUGGGGGGCACCUUUGACCUGCGCUCGCGAUGUCUGAGUGCCCCAAUGAUAGCAUAGUGUAUUUGAAAAAGAUGAUGUUCUCCAGGGCUGCCAUGUGAGGGUUAGAUUUAUCCCCCACUUCUUACUGCAAAGGCAUUAGACAAGUCACAAGGUUAAAAUUAAACAGGAUCCAUGAUGACACAGGAUUGUAACAAACCCCUGAUCUCACCACCCAUCCCUUCAGCCCACACUGUCUGCAACUAAACUCUCAAUCAGCCUGCCGGAAGAAAGACCCGUCAGAGGGAGUUUCUGACAGCCUCUACAGCUAUCAUGUGAAUAAAGUUAAGUGAACCCCCAAAA